AUGGCUCCAAAAUCAAAGCAUAAAUCUAAGUCGAAGAAAGCAAAAGGAGCCAAGGAGAAUGAAGGAAGUAAAGAGCAAGAGCCCCCAAAAGUCAUCAACGAGACUACGGGAUCAAGAACUGCCGCUGCUCCUCAAGAACCUCUCGAACCCAAGGAACAGAAUGUCACACCCGAGUUUCUUGCCGCUGUGGACGACUACUAUACCUCCUUCGAUCACUUCAACUCUCUAGUCACCUCCACUAAUGCCUGGUCAUCCAUCCCCGAGCAGCCGAUGAGCCAGUGCCCCAAGCAACCCCUAGAGGAGCCAUGGUACGAGACCGAACUGGAAGAGCAAAUGCAAGCGGGCGGGUUUCCUUAUGAAGAGGGAGAGAAGGAUGGCUCGGAGAUGGAGAGUUUGGGGGCUAGGUUCAAGAGAUUGAAAUUGGAAGAGGAGGAGAAGAAGAAGAAGCAGAAGAAGAGCGAAGAACAGAGAGAGGGCAAGGAGGCGGUGAAUAGGGAGAUCAUAAUAGAUGUUGACAAGAUGAUUGAUGCAUGGACGGGGAAGAAAGGGUUGAUCGUUCCGGCUGGAUUGAGAUUUCCGAAAUGA